AUGUGUCGUCUGGAUUAUUCGCCACUAGGACGGAAGCUCGAGAGUAUAGAUGUAGGUUUUAGUGCCUAUUGUGGAUUUAUUUAUGUUGAAUGCGCUCAUCGCCAUCCGGUUUUACUUUAUUUUGUUAGUCAUCUACUUCGUGGUCAUCUCUAUUCGGCAGCAACACAACGACUAUCAGAAGCAAAACACAAAUGGCAUCUGACAAUAUUCUUAUUGAAUAAUCCAACAUUGAUUUAUCGACGAAAACGAUUUCUGAUACGUUUACAAGAAAGUGAAUUAUAA